AUCGUAAACUUAUCUGGUAGGUUCUUAGCAACAAGCAACCAAUGUGGCAUCAUAGUUUGGUACUGCGAUUCCAAGGAACAAGUGCAGAAAGAGAGAGUCGUUCUGAGGCAUUCCUAUCAUGGAAAGGCUCCUUUCUAAGAGCUGGGAAGAAUCAAAGAAGACAUGGCACAUAGCAGGCCCUGCAAUACUUGGAUCAGUCUUCCAGUUCUCCAUUAGCUUCGUCACUGCCGCCUUCGCCGGCCAUCUUGGCGCCGUUGCGCUUGCUGCGGUCUCCGUCGCUCAGAACGUCAUUGAAGGCUUCGCUUUUGGGAUACUGUUGGGCAUGGGGAGUGCACUGGAGACUCUCUGCGGCCAAGCUGUGGGUGCCGGGCAAUUCCACAUACUAGGAAUCUACCUGCAGAGAUCGUGGGUCAUCACCUUGGCGACGGCCACUGUCCUAACUCCACUCUACGUGUUCACAGCGCCGAUCUUGAAGCUCUUGCGGCAGCCGACCGACAUCUCGGAAGUAGCAGGCGAAUUCUGCGUCUGGGUGAUCCCACAGUUGUUUGCUUACGCUGUGAACUUCCCGCUGCAGAAGUUCUUCCAGUCUCAGAGGAAGGUUUGGGUGAUAACUGAGAUUGCUGGUGCGGUGCUCGGCCUUCACAUCCUUCUGAACUGGGUUUUCGUGGUGAGACUUGGCUAUGGAUUGGCAGCAGCAGCCAUCAUCGGGAACGUUUCGUGGUGGCUUAUUAAUCUGGCUCAGAUGGUCUAUCUGUUCUCCGGUUGCUUUCGAGAUUCAUGGACGGGGUUCUCUCUGCUGGCCUUCCAAAACCUGUCUGCUUUCUUCAAGCUGUCGCUCGCGUCAGCUGUAAUGUUAUGCUUGGAGCUCUGGUAUUACACUGCAGUGAUCAUCCUCGUGGGCUACCUGAAGAAUCCAGAUGUGGCAGUUGCUGCCAUUUCUAUCUGCAUGAACUACCAAAUCUGGACAUUGAUGAUUACUCUGGGAUUCUAUAUUGCAGUCAGCGUUCGAGUAUCGAAUGAACUCGGAGCGAAUCGACCCAAAGCAGCAAAAUUCUCUGUGGUCGUUGUUCUAACCACAUCAGUGUUGAUAGGCACAGUUUUCAUGGCCAUGGCUCUCAUCUUCAGGAAGAAACUGCCGGAAUUCUUCACAGACGUACCAGAAGUGAUCAACGAAGCAUCAAAAUUGGGGUAUUUUCUCGGUGCCAUAAUUCUUCUGAACAGCAUUCAACCUGUUCUCUCAGGAGUGGCAAUAGGAGCAGGUUGGCAAACCUCGGUCGCAUUCAUAAACUGUGCAUGCUACUACCUCUUAGGAUUGCCUGUUGGAGCUGUUCUUGGAUUCAAGCUCAAGCUCGAUGAACUGGGCAUUUGGAUCGGGAUGCUAAUUGGAACGUUGGUGCAGACCUCUGUUCUACUGCUGAUUAUGUUCAGAACUAAAUGGCAGAAAGAGGCCGCGAAAGCCGAAGAGCGCGUAAGAGAAUGGGAAGGAAGAGUCGAGCUUCAAUCCAUCUCACGAAGUUGAGAACUGCUUCAUGUCGAGUGCAUUAUAUGACAAACUACAGCAAUUUGGACAAAUCAUUACCUCAUUGUUCUCUAUUCUUAGCAGAAAACACAUGUAAUCAUCAAUUAGAUCACUUCCAGAUUCUGAAACGUUCUAAUUUUUCAGGAAAAAAAAAGAAGAGAAAUGAGAUCUACAAAAAGUUAUUAGUUU